AUGGCUACAGCUCCUCCACCCACAGCACACGUCGAUGAGGAUGUCCCUCAAAAUGAAGGGUCUAAGUUAAAGACCUUUAUUUCUAUCCUACGAAAGUUCAUAGGUGUUGCAGAUCUUGCUGCUGUGCGAUUCUCUCUUCCGUCCCAGCUUCUCGAGCCGACUCCCAACUUAGAAUACUGGAACUACCUCGACAGUCCCAGUGCGUUUGCCGCGAUAGGUACAUCCGACGAACCUCUAGAUCGUAUGCUCGAAGUCCUACGUUUCUGGUUUACCAAGGAUUUAAAAUAUGUCAAGGGCAAACCAUGCAAACCGUAUAAUUCCUGCCUGGGCGAAUUUUUCCGAUGUAACUGGGAAGCAGAAGAUAAUGCGCCACGGAUCGAUACUAAGAGCUUGACAACUGCUAGCAGUGGCAAUGCCAGUAGUGCAUCUUCGGUCAAGUCAUCCAAGGCUAAUGGCGACCCACGAACAGCAUCCACCGUAUCUGUUGUCCAAACUACAACUAAUCCGUCCGGGCCUAUCGUUCGGAUAUCAUAUUUGACUGAGCAAACCUCUCAUCACCCGCCAGUCAGUGCUUUCUACGUCAGCUGUCCCGAGAAAGGAUUACAUGCCAAGGGGUUCGAUCAGAUCAGCGCGAAGUUCACCGGUACUACUAUCAAAGUGUCCCCAGGCGAGCAUAAUCUAGGUAUUUUCAUUACUCUCGAGCGAAGGGAUAAUGAGACAUAUCAGUUAAAGCAUCCGGCUGCACAUCUUGGGGGAAUUUUGCGAGGCUCUCUGAGCGUGAGUGUUGGUGACUACGCCUACGUGACUUGCCCUCAGACAAAAUUAAAAGCCAUCCUUCAUUACAUCGAGGAUGGUUGGCUUGGUCGGGCGCAAAACAAGAUGGAAGGUGUCGUCUUCAGAUAUGACCCGGAUAAAGACGACAAGAUACGCAUCAAGGAUGUGCCUGACUCGGACGUGAUUGUGAGGCUAGGUGGUGCAUGGAAAGAUAGAAUCGUCUUCACUCUUGGCCCUAAACCUGUGGACUCACAUCCGCCGGAGAAGCAAAUAACUAUCAUUGACCUUAACCCGCUCGCUGUAGCUCCCAAGGUUCUGCCGCCGAAAGAGAAACAGGCCGAGAACGAGUCUCUGGUGUUAUGGGACGGCGUGACUCAGGCCAUAAUGGCGAAGCAAUUCUCAAAAGCUACUAAUGUCAAGGUAGAACUCGAGGAAAAACAGCGAGAGAAAGCUAGAGAACGUGAGCGCAAGAACGAAACCUGGAAACCAGUGUUCUUCGAUCAAGUUACAGACAAGCGGGGAACACCUGACCUCACGGAGAAGGGUCGCCAAGUACUUGAGAGGGCACAGAAGGAAGACUGGAGUUUAGAAGGGAUCAUCUAG